UAUCUGGGGUCAUAAAAAGAUGCGAUUCUUUGUCUCGCACAUGUGGAGAUAAUUAUUCAUUAGUUGACAUUGAGUUUUACCAGUAGUUCAGGUCUUCCCCUGAAGCAACUUUUUUCAGUGUCGAUGGAGAAUAAGAAGCGACGAAAUCCAACGUUUGUCAUCAGAAAUCGUUGAGUCUUCUAUUCGACAACUUCACUGAUUUCCAGUUACGGAAAAUAAACAUCGACAGCAUGCAGGCAUUUUGCGUUAAACUAUGGCCACUGCUUUUGGCAGCUUGUUUGUGGUCAACCGUCCAGUGUGAUCCCGAACCGCGACGUGAUUUUUCACUUCCAAAUGGAGCACCACCUCCAUUCAAUCCCCGGUCGAGGCCACCGCAGCCAUGGGUUCCGAAGCCUUUUCCGGUUCGAUUCCGCCGGUCCCCCCAGGGCUCAGUCCAAGGUGGCGUCACCAUCCCUGAGCACGGACGUCCUCAGCUCAACUUGGAUUACAACCACAAGAUAAUUGAUGAUGGGAAAUCAACAUUGAAUGGAUUCGGUGGAGUUUCCAGCCCGGAUCUGAGACACUUCCAGCCUCAUGCCGGAGUCAAUUACGAGUACAGGCCCAACAAUGAUUUCUUCGUGAGGGGUCAAGGAAGCGUGCAGCCGCUGCCAGGCGGACGAUUCGACCCACAAAUCGGGGUGGGAAUGGGCUGGAGAUUCCGUCGUUCCCCACAGGGCUCAGUCCAAGGAGGCGUCACCAUUCCUGAGCACGGACAUCCUCAGCUCAACCUGGAUUACAACCAGAAGCUGAUUGAUAAUGGAAAAUCAACAUUGAACGCUUUCGGUGGUGUUUCGACUCCAGAUAUGAAACACUUCCAGCCGCAUGCUGGACUGAAUUACGAGUACAAACCCAACAAUGAUUUCUUCGUGAGGGGUCAAGGAAGCGUGCAGCCGCUGCCAGGCGGACGAUUCGACCCACAAAUCGGGGUGGGAAUGGGCUGGAGAUUCCGUUGAAAUCUAAAUUUACAUGUCUGAUUAUGAUCUGAAAUUAUUCUGUCUGCCAAAUUAUUAUUGACAAUUUGUUAUUUAUGAAUAAAUUAUUUAUUCACAGUG